GGAAGUUUUUUUAUUAAUCUGAUCAGCCUCGGGGUCUUUCUUUCAUGGCAGACUUUCUUCAGUUUAUCCUCAGCAGUUUGAAACUCUCACAUGUUUUGUAAAGAUCAUCUGUAGUGAGACUGACGGUGAGAAGACUGGACAACAUGACACUUGAUCGAGCAGUUUGGACGUUAAUGUGUGUGGCGCUGUGGCCCGCGUUGGGGACUUUAUCAUGGCCUCAUCUGAGUUGCAGUGAUCAGGGUUUGAACUGUACAGUCGAAACAAGUAACUGUUUUGACAGUAGCUGGCUGAUAAAAAAUGAAUACACUCCCAGUCGCCCGGAGCAGCUGAACAUAUCUGUUGUCACCAAGCACAAUGAUGAAGGACACCUGCAGCCUGUACUGAUCGCUAACUGGAAGAUAAAAGAUGAUGGCAGUAUCAGUCACCUCAAAGCCACUGAGCUUCAUGUACUGGUGAUGUCCACCAAUGAGAACCGAUGUAUUCGAUAUUCUUUCAAAGAAAAACUCCUUUCAAGACAUUUUGGAGAGCAGUGGUCGUUCUCAGCAAUGAUGGUGUUGGACCCUGGCCAGACUUACCGUCUCUCUGUCUUCAACAUCCCCAAACCAGAACAGGGCCACACCCACUAUGAUGUCAGCGAAGACAUCACUGUUCCUGGUUGUCGAGACUCUAAAAUGCAGAAGACCAAGUUCUGUAUAGACAGAGGAAGUCUUUGGCAGUCUAACAUCAGUGUGACUGAAGACAAAGCAACAUCUGAACUGGCAGUAAGCUUCAAUCCUGACACACUCUGUGAGGAGUACAUAGUUCUUGUUAAGUGCUCCUCUACCGAGAGCGAAACUAUCUUUAAGGGCAACCAAACCAGCCUCAAAGUGAUAUUCAGUCUUCAUAUGUGGGUGAGAUCCUGCUGUCAGUUUGAUGUUGAGAUCAAACCUAUUUUUCCACAAUGUGGCCAAGACUGCCGCCGUCAAAAGAAAACUUUGAGCAUUUGUUCUAAUCCGACAGCUCCACCAGAUGUCCCUGAUACCCCUCAGUACACACUUGUUGCCUUGGGAGUGGUGUUUCCGUGUAUAGUGAUAGCAAUUAUUGCGUAUGCCCUCUGCAAGAAGCCAGGUAGACCAGUUGUUGCUCCAGUACCUAUGGAAGAUAGCCCGCCGCAGCAGCUUCAACAGCGCCCCAAAGUGCUGGUGAUCUACUCUCAGGACCAUCAUCUAUAUAGGGAUAUAGUGUUGAAGCUCUGCGCCUUUCUCCAGGCCAAGUGUGGCACGGAGGUGCUGGUAGACCUGCUGGACACCACCUCGGUCGGCAUGGUUGGUCGCCUCCGCUGGUUGGAGUGGCAACGGCAACAGCUGAAAAAUCCUUCCGACAAAAUCCUGGUGCUGUGCUCACAAGGUGUACAGGCAAAGUGGAAGGCAAUGUGUGGUCACGGUCGGGUGACACUCAAGGAAGACAUCCUCUCCCCAACAGAUGACAUGCUAACCCCCUUUCUAAACCUCUUCCUACCAGAAAUGCACGAGGCAGGCAAGCUUGGCAAGUACAUGGUGGCUUACUUCAAUGACAUCAGCACAGAACAAGAUGUGCCAUCAGUCUUUGACAUUGGCAUCAAAUACAAGCUCAUGAAGCAUUUUGAAGAGUUGUACUUCCGGAUCCUAGACAUCGAGAAGUAUCAGCCAGGUCAGGUUAAACAUAUCGAGGGCAUCGGAGGGGAUGAGUAUUCCAACUGUCCCUCAGGCGAAGCCUUGAAGAAUGCCAUCGAAACCUUCCAGGCCUACCAGUUGGAAAAUCCUGAUUGGUUUGAGAAGCAGUGUGUGGACAAUGAGGAGGAGAUCAUGGCAGAGGCCGACCAACUCCUCGACCAAAUGCGCAUCCCACCGGUCCUAGAAUGUCAUCCUCUAAUCAGAGACGGGCUUCCUGUCUACAUCCAAGAUAUAGAUAUCAAUGAAAAUGGCAACAGUGUUCAUAUCCUAACCCCCGAACUCAACCCACAGUGUCAGCUGUUGUCAGUGGCAGAACUUACACCAGUAGUGAAUCCGGACAAUGAACAUCGGUAUCCAACAAACCUGGAUGAAGUGCUAACAGAUCAUCUGUAUCCUCACAGCCCCAGUCCACAAUCUGCCUACAUAAGUGAUCCUCUUUUGAUCAAACCACCACCACCAAACCAGAAAUGGCUCUCUGUCAGGCAGGAAUCCUCAUGUCAAAUUCCCAUUGAGCAUGAGGAAGAGGAUUCUCUACUGCCUCAGAGCCAACUGUCCACUCAGACAGACCACAGAAGCUCAGUCGAACAGAAUUCCAUGAACUCAAGCCCUCCUCAAUCCUCAUGGGAAAGUAUGCAGAGUAAUUAUCCCCCUCUGUCCGACAUCAGCUGCUCCCAGCCUGUGGAGAUGGAGGAGGACGAGGUUCUGGAGCCUGCUGGAAAGGGCCCUAGCAGUGGAUCUGAUCAAGGCUACAUCUCCAAAAUGUCUUCCCAGCAUGGACUUCCUUCCAAAGAGGAUACACUGGUGGCUCUGGCAAAGCUGCAGGAGGAGCUGUUUCAGCAGAAUCUCUAAUACUGUGACUUUGGUCAUGAAGAAAAACUGAUAUUUACAGUACGCAAUCAUGUUACCUGUGGCGUAGACUAGAGUAAUACAACUGAAGAUUGUUGAUGACUCUGAAUACAAUAACCUGUGUUUUCGUAUGCAUUAUUAUAUUGUUGGAUCAAAAGAGUAGAUUUAACUCAAAUCAAAAUGAUCUUGCCUUUGUAGAACAAAAAGUGGGACUGCUGUGUUAAUUCUCCGAAGCAAGGUUCUUAGGGAAACUGCAUGAAGGGCUAGCAAGACACCCCUCAAGGAAUGUGCAGUGGGACAUACUAGGACCACACCUUCCAGAUGUUAACUUCAAUCUGUUGACACCGCCCACAUUUUGAAUCAGUUGCAUUGAGCAGUGGUUGGAGGAACAGUGUUAUGCCUGGUUUUAACUUACUCCCAGAGAGAUUACAUUUUGGGGUCAUUUCACCUCAGUUUUCCUGGAGCCAGCAUCUAGUGGUCACUAGAGGAACUGCAGCUGAAUGAAUUUUGGAUUAAUUACCCAAGCAGGAGGUGGCAUGGCUGGAUCAACAACCAGGGAAAACAACUGCAGCCGAGUUCCAGCUGAAAAUCCCAGAGAAAAUCUAGUUUUGAGGCUUUUAUUGUUUCAGUUAAUAUUGUGCUUGCAUUAUAAAUUUGGUUAACAAACAGAGGGUGAGAAGGGCCAUACUGACCACUCAUACUCAUUGGCCCACUCAUGGGUAAAUGGUGCCCUGUGAGCAUGCUUUGAUAUAAAUACAGUUGAUUAGUCAACCUGGGGCCCAUUACACUAUAUUUGCAAAAUACAAGCUGCAACUUGCCAUAUAAGACCAUUUUCUCUCACAUUCAUUUUGACAUGUUUAACUAUAUCCAAAUAGUUUCCACUUUCCAUGCAUGAGCUUGCAAGAGCACUGGGGGACUCAGAUUUAUCAGCAUGUUUAUGAAAAUCAUUUGUGAAAUGGGGCACUGCUACUGAAUCAGUUUUGUAAAAACAGGCCCUGUAUGAUGUUCAACAUCUGUACAUAAUGUUGAAUCUAAAAAAGAAGCCUGCACACAAUAUAUUUACUGUUGAGUAUUUGAAUUAGUGAUUUGUUUUGCUGGUGUUAAACUCCAGUGAAGGGAAUAUUUUCAAUUAAUCAGUCAAUCUUUAUUUAUUGAAAUAAUGUGUUGUCUUCUAAAUUUGUCCUUUUAUCCAUGGGAUAAGGGAAAUGCUCCACAAAUGGUUGUGGCUGUGACUCAGGAGGUAGGGCCGUUGUCCACUAAUCAGAAGAUUGGUGGCUCCUCCAGUCCACAUGUCAGCGUGUCCUUGGGCAAGACACUUAACCCCAAAUUGCUCCUGAUGGCUCCUGUCAUCAGUGUAUGAAUGUGUGUGAAUGAGAUGUAGUGUAAAAGUGCUUUGUGUCAUCAAAAGACUAGAAAAGUGCUACAUAUAAGUAUAGUCCAUUUACCAUUUUUUAAUGCAGGAUGUAUCAAAAAUGACAUUUUUUUUAUCUGUGUUUUUGUGUGAUUGCAUUUUCGUUGAAAAUGUCUGUACUGUAAAUACAAUUAUCAAUCAUUUCCCUCCAUAAUAAAGGAAUCACUUUGUUCAUUA